AUGCUACGAAAAAGUCGAUCAUUAAUGUCGCUCAUAUUUGGUCGUAAAAAGACCAAGGACAGAGAUGAUCAUGGACAUAGCCUCGAUAAUGAAGCGUCGAUUUCCCACGCGCUUAUCGUUAUUUUUCUCGAAUAUUUUGCAUGGGGGCUGCUAACUGUACCAGUAAUCAACGUUUUGGCAGAGACUUUCCCGAACAAUAAAUUCCUAAUGAAUGGAAUGGUGCUUGGAAUAAAGGGAAUUUUAUCGUUCCUCAGUGCUCCUUUAGUUGGAGCAUUGUCUGAUGUGUACGGCAGGAAGCUGUUCUUGAUCCUGACGGUAUUUUGUACGUGUAUGCCCAUACCGUGUUUGAAAAUCAGUCCCUGCAUAAGUGGCUUGUUCUCCGUUACAUUCAGUGUCAUUCUUGCUUAUGUUGCUGAUAUUACUGAGAAGCAGGACCGGUCUGCAGCGUAUGGACUAGUUUCUGCUACAUUUGCCGCAUCACUGGUGACGUCACCUGCUCUCGGCGCUUGGAUAUCGGAUUCCUACGGCGAUGGCGCAGUUGUUUUAUUGGUAUGUCCUAUUUUGAAUGCCGUCCUUUCCGAUCCUUGUUUUGAUAUGGUUUGUAGAGACCUCAACGCAUUCCUUGUUUGUCCCAUUGGAAGAAUGUAUCGCGGUGUUUCUGUUCCAGGCAACUGUCAUCGCUAUAAUAGACGUGGUUUUCAUCGUGUUCCGUGUCCCACAGAAUCCCUGCCGGUGAGGCGUUCAGCAAGCGACGUCAUCAGCUGGGAAAGCGCAGAUCCCUUCGGUACACUACGUCUCGUCUGGGAAGAUAGUCUGGUGCUCCAAUUGGCUCUCAUCGUUUUUCUCUCGUAUUUUACACGGCAAUCGGGUCCAAUUUUCUUGUUUCUUCGUCUCUCAUUGAACUGCGUCGCAGAACGGCCGGCAUUCACAUGGCAGCUAGUACCGGGCCCACCGUUUCUGGCCGGAGCCCUGUUGGUCUUAUUAGCGCUCAUGUUCAAUUCUGCGUUGCCAGCAUCACCUGCUGCGACCAAGUAUCUACGAAGAUCACCCACACACUCUCGGCAAUCGUCUGAUACUGCUCGACUUCUUCACGCUGACAACGGACAUUGUUAA